AUGUCUCAAAACAACCUCUCCACUACUCUAGCGAAAGAGGCCGCCAAACUCGCCAAACUCUCGAGUCUACAGAAUGGCCUCCCGGGCUCCAUGCGUGCUAUACCGGUCGCGGCGAUUGUUGCUGGGGGCGUUAUUGCCAGAGUCGCCGGAACGUCGAAUGUGCUCGAGAAGCGAAUGAUCGGGGCUGAUGAGAUGAUUGCGUUGGAUAAACCGACGGAGGGAGACUUAGCUGCGACACGGAAUACUGGGCGAGAUCAGACCAGGCAAGAUGGCGCAGGGAAAGGGAAUAAUACUUGUUGA